AUGCCUACUUAUGCCAUGUUUCUCAAAGACAUUGUCACAAAGAAGAGAAAUGUGGAAAGGUUUGAAACUAUCUUCACAGCGAAGAAAUAUUGUUCUGUGAUCAAUAAACUUCUGCCAAAGCAAAAUGAUCCUGGAAUAUUUUCUAUUCCUUGUUCUAUCCAUGAUAAAUAUAUAGGGAGAGUCCUAUAUGACCUUGGGUCAAGUAUAAAUUUGAUGCCCAAGUCUAUAUUGUUAAAUCUUGGAAAGGGUAAUGCUCGACCUACCACCAUGAUCCUACAACUAGCUGACCGAUCUCACGUUCGUCCCGAGGGAAGAAUUGAAGAUGUCAUAGUGAAUGUUGACAAUUUUGUAUUUCCUGCUGAUUUUCUUAUUCUCGACUAUGAGGUCGAAGACAAUGCACCCAUCAUUCUGGGUGACCUUUUCUAG